GGUCAAGCCGAACAGCGCGCCGGUCAAGCUGCCAGGCAACGCGGGCGAGGCGACGAUCGCGCGCAUGGACAAGAUCCGCAACUGCAAGGGACCGAUCCCGACGGCCGUGCUGCGCACCAAGCUGCAGGUCAACAUGCAGAAGUACGCGCCGGUGUACCGCAACGCUGAGGACCUGAAGACCGGCAAGGGCGUGGUUGACGAGAUCAUGAAAGAGUACAAGGACGUGGGCAUCACCGAUCGCAGCAUGAUCUGGAACACCGACCUCAUCGAGACCCUGGAGCUCGAGAACCUGAUCAACCAGGCCGCCCAGGAGAUCCACUCCGCGGAGGCGCGCCAGGAGUCCCGGGGCGCGCACGCCCACGAGACCUUCCCCGAGCGCGACGACGUCAACUGGAUGAAGCACACGCUCUCCUUCCUGGACAAGCCCUACGUCGAGGACGCCAAGGUGGUGCUGAAGUACCGCGGGGUCAUCGACCAGCCGCUCGACAAGGAGAUGCACCACGUGCCUCCGGCGAAGCGCGUCUACUGAGGGGCCCCUCCUCGGGGCCCCCCUCUGCCCCCCCCCCCUCGUCCGGAUCUCUCCCCUUCAGGGGCUUUCGGAGCUGUCUCCGCGAAGGAUGCCGCCCAGAUGGGGUCCGAGUGUAGAGGGGAUCGGAGGGUCGCGCCGCAGUGCCGAGGCAUCGCGGAUGCGGCUCGGUGUGGAGCCCGAUGUUCUCCAUGUCGGAUGUUCUCCAUGUCCAGCCUGGCGUGGCCCCUCUCUCCUGUCCUGCCUUUGCCUCUCUGCCUCUCUCUCCUUGCCUUUGGCUCAGGGCCGCUUGCGGCCUCUGCACCAUGCAUCGCCGACGUCGACGUCGCAUCGCGCAUGUGUCGCCGAUGCAUCGGCGAUGCAUCGGCGAUGCGUCGGCGAUGUGGCGUGGUCUUCCGACCCCAUCUACUCCGACCCCAUCUGGGGGGCCUCAAACUCUGGGGGAUCGAAAUGGG